AAGCCCUGGCUGCCUUCAACGCAAAGCCACGCACCGCUACUGUGAAGCAUUCAUGUGAAAUUCUAAAGAAAGCCUUGGAGGAAACUUAAAAGCAGCAGAUGCUAAGCUACAUACAACAAGGUCUAUGUGUUUUUUUUCUUACUGGACCAAUCGGUGGGGGAAACAUGAGGGCGAGAGAUUUUUCCAUGACGUGGCGCAGCAGCUAUGUAAAAGAGAUCUCAUUUUUUUCCAUGUCUUUUUUCUUGAAAAUGGAACAAUAAUUGAUUCCAAGGUUGACACUGGGCUAGUGAAUGAAAAUUGAUUUUUUUUUUUAAGCUUCCUUAGAUUUCGGAGAACCAGACACCUUUUGGAUAAAUCAUUUUUUCUGUUCAGUGUCUGGUUGGAGUAAGGACCAUCGCCAUGCACCUUGCUCGUCUAUCUUUAAGUGAUUACACUGUUUGAUUACCACCCACUUGAAUUCUGCAUGUACAAUUCUCUACUUAAAUCAAAGCACUGAGUACUAAACAGGAAUCUGCUGCAACAGCAGCAGUGUUUUCCUCAUUCCAUCCGUGUGGGGCUCUAAAAAUAUCUUUGGUCAGAAUAUGGCUGGUCGUUCUCAACGCUGAGCCAGUUUAACCCAGGAGGCGUUCAAGACGUUCUCUUUUUUUGGAAUAUGAGCGCCACCGCGAUGUCAUCGUCUCCUGCAAAGACGGCCUCGCCAGCUAGGAUGCCUCUGCCCGCGCUGUGGCAGAAGACUUCCGUCUCACGGCUUGCCGAAGAGUUUUUCUGGAUCGGUGGGAGUAUUGUUGCGACCCCCAAGUGGAGAAUGGGCCAGAUCGUGGAAAGAUGCAUGGGCGCCAUGCAGACUGGCACUCAGAUGGUGAAGCUGAGAGGCAGCUCCAAGGGGUUGGUCCGCUUCUAUUUCCUGGAUGACCACAAAUCCUGCAUUCGCUGGCGGCCCUCCAGGAAAAAUGAAAAAGCCAAAAUUUCCAUAGAUUCAAUCCGGGAGGUGUGUGAAGGAAAGCAGUCUGAAAUCUUCCAGCGCUACUCCGAUGUGAGCUUCGAUCCCAACUGCUGCUUCAGUAUUUACUAUGGAGACCACAUGCAGUCUCUGGAUCUGGUAUCUUCCAGUGGGGAGGAAGCUAGGACGUGGAUCACCGGGCUUAAAUACCUGGUGGCUGGCAUCAGCGACGAGGACAGUCUGGCGAAGAGGCAGAGGACUCGAGACCAGUGGCUGAAGCAGACUUUUACAGAGGCCGACAAAAACGGUGACGGCAGCUUGAGUAUAAGUGAGGUCCUUCAGCUGAUACACAAACUCAACGUCAACCUGCCCAGACAGAAAGUCAAGCAGAUGUUUAAGGAAGCGGACACUGAUGACAAUCAAGGCACUCUGGGCUUUGAAGAGUUCUGCGCCUUUUACAAGAUGAUGUCAACACGGAGAGAUCUCUACCUGCUCAUGAUCACCUAUAGCAACCACAAGGACCACAUGGACAGCGAUGACCUCAUCCGAUUCCUGGAGAUCGAACAGAAGAUGGCUAACGUGACGAGGGAACAUUGCAUCGAAAUUGUGAACAAGUUCGAACCUUGCUCGGAAAACCAAAAACAGGGUGUCCUGGGAAUUGACGGCUUCACCAACUACAUGCGCAGUCCAGCCGGAGAUAUUUUCAACCCUGAGCAGUAUGAAGUGAACCAGGACAUGAGUCAGCCCUUGUGUAACUACUUCAUCUCAUCCUCUCACAACACCUACCUGAUGGGGGACCAGCUCAUGUCCCAGUCCAGGGUAGACAUGUAUGCCUGGGUACUGCAGGCAGGCUGUCGCUGUGUGGAAGUUGACUGCUGGGACGGCCCGGAUGGGGAACCGAUUGUCCAUCAUGGUUACACUCUGACCUCCAAAAUCCUGUUUAGAGACGUCAUUGAGACCAUCAACAAGAACGCCUUCGUAAAAAACCAAUACCCAGUGAUCCUGUCUCUAGAGAACCACUGCAGCGUGCCACAGCAGAAGAAGAUGGCCCAGUAUCUGGUGGAGGUGAUGGGGGACAAGCUGGAUUUGUCCUCUGUGAAUAUGGAGGAAUCGGGACGCCUACCUUCCCCGGAGGAACUGAAAGGAAAGAUUCUAGUCAAGGGAAAGAAGCUCCCUGCAAACAUCGACGAGGAUGUGGAGGAGGGAGAUGUGUCUGACGAAGACAGCGCUGAUGAGAUCGAGGACGACUGCAAGCUCAUGAACGGAGAUACCUCUGUGAACAGGAAACAGGUGGAGAAUGUGUCAAAAAAGAAACUCGACUCCCUGAUGAAGGAGUCAAAAAUCCGGGACUGUGAGGACCCAGACAGCUUCGUCAUCGCCACCCUGCCAUCCUCAGGAAAGCCUAGCGAGAAAGCAGGCCUGAAAAAGCACAGAAGUAGUCCUGCAGCCGGGGACAAACACUUGGAUAAAGGUGAGGAUGGAGCAGACCCUGCCGAGGACACGAACCCCAACGCUAACAAGAGACAGAGCCGCUCGUUCAUGGGGAACUUCUCCAAGCGCAAGAAAAAAACAGCGAAGCUGAAGAAAGCGUCCAGUUUCGAGGACGACGAUGAUGACCAGGAGAAUUCUGGGACCACUCCCAGGGGGGCCGUGUACCACGGCAGGAUAAGCCGGCAGAAGAAGACCAUGAAGCUUUGCAGAGCUCUCUCGGAUCUUGUCAAAUACACCAAGUCUGUCGGCGUCCAUGACAUUGAGACGCAAGCGGCCUCCAGCAGCUGGCAGGUUUCAUCCCUCAGCGAGACGAAGGCCCACCAGAUCAUGCAGCAGAAACCCAGCCAGUUCAUUCACUUCAACCAGAGGCAGCUCUCCCGCAUCUACCCCUCCUCCUACCGCGUCGACUCCAGCAACUACAACCCCCAGCCCUUCUGGAACGCUGGCUGCCACCUCGUUGCAUUGAACUACCAGUCAGAGGGAAGAGUGCUGCAGCUGAACCGGGCCAAGUUUUAUACCAAUGGGAACUGUGGAUACGUCCUCAAACCCAAAUGCAUGUGUGAAGGUGCUUUCAACCCAGUACUAGAGGACCCCCUGCCAGGGCAGUUGAAGAAGCAGCUGGUCCUGAGGAUCAUUAGUGGACAGCAGCUACCCAAACCAAAAGACUCCAUGCUGGGUGAUAGGGGGGAGAUUAUUGAUCCUUUCGUUGAGGUGGAAAUAAUAGGAUUACCAGCCGAUUGCUGCAAGGAGCAGACCAGAGUAGUUGAUGACAAUGGCUUCAACCCCAUGUGGGAGGAGACUCUAGUCUUCACUUUGCACAUGCCUGAGAUCGCACUGAUCCGCUUCCUCGUGUGGGACCACGACCCUAUUGGCCGGGAUUUUAUAGGACAGCGAACGAUAGCCUUCACCAGCAUGAUGUCAGGUUAUCGGCACGUGUAUUUGGAAGGUAUGGAGGAGGCUUCCAUCUUCGUUCAUAUAGCUGUGAAUGACAUCACUGGUAAGGUCCGACAAGCUAUCGGCAUAAAAGGGCUGUUUCACAGAAACCCAAAACAGGCUUCUCUCGACAGCCAUGCUGCUGCACAGCUCAGUCGUAAGCACAUGUUUGGGGCCCACCUGUUGCGCAGGACAGCCAGCGCCCCAGCCAAGAGCCAGAAAAAAAUCAAGAAGGGCUUUCCGGAGAUCUCCAUCGACGCCAAAGACUACAGUUCUGAGGGUGCCAGUGAGGACAGGGAAUCUGAGGACCCCUCUCAGCCUCGCUUCAACCGCGAGUCGGACAACGCCACACCAGAGCCAACGCCAACGCCAGCCCAGGACAGUGCCAACGGAGAACUGCAUCCGGAGGACCUGAAAGACAAAACAAAUUCAUUACAAAGACCAGUCUCUCCUUCGCACACCCUGGAAACCAUUGCUGAAGAGACUUCCAAUACUGAAGACAAAACUUCCAUUUCUCCUCAUCCCGUAUCUCCAUACUGUGCUGGAGAAGGGGCCCCUUUGCAGCUCGGUCUCGCCAAAACUGCUGCUUCUGCAUGUUAUUCAGCAACGGGACCUGCAAACUCAUCUCUGUUGCUGCAGGGCAAAACCUCCUGCUUGGAUAAAGACCAGGAUGGUGCAAGAACAAUGGGGGUAGUAGCCCCAUGCAGGGAUAUCCAUGAAGACCAGAAAGAUUCAAAACUUAAAACUUCAACAAAUGACAUUAACAAGCAUGCUUCAUCGCCACAUACUAAAGACACUGAACGGUCAGCACAGUUCAGUUCUGUGCAAUUGAACGGCCAUGGUCUUAAAUCUAAUGCAACAAGCACAGCUAAAUGUGCAUCCGAGGCUGGAUCCAACCAAAACUCAAAUCAGAUCCUGGGAGCGUCGAGUACUGUGUCCAUGACCAACACCUCCCAAAGAGCGCAGGCUUUGAAAGUGUUGUUUGGCACGGAGAAACCUCAGGCAUCCCUGGCUGGACCACGCAUGUUGGUGCGUAGGUCGAAAAGCGAGGGGCAUGUCAAAGCAGCGGCAACUGGCAGCAACCCGUCUCCAGUGCCAGAGGUCUACACCGACGUCACCAUGAACGACAGGCUUUGGAGUAAAUUAGAUAGCAGCAGCCACAGGGACAGUGUGUCAUCUUCCUCCAGCAUAUCCUCCACUGACACUGUGAUUGACCUGUCGUUGCCUAACUUGGCCCGGAAGAGCCUGUCAGACCUGAACAGCUCCCAGGAGGAGUCUUCUUUGGAUGCCUUUUUGGGCAACAAAAGUAUCCGUCCACGGUCUGCGACCUCUGGGUGUGAAAUCCAAAGGGUUAGCAAAAGCAAGUCUAACCCUAACCUAAGGAUUGAGGUGGAAUCUGAAAUCAAAGACGAGAUCCAGCCAAGACCUUUAGUGAAGGCAUCUCCAGACAACUGUCGAAUGAUGCAGAGGAGACACACGUGGAGCCGGCUCUAUAUGGAAAGUCUCAAGCAGUCGUCUCCAGCCAAGAAGUCUACAGCACCGGCCAUCAAGGAAAUGGACAGUCUCUCCAAAUCCAAGAGCCUGGGGGAUCUCACAUCGGACGACAUUGCGUCGAACUUUGAGGGCAAGUACAGGAGCAUCAGCAGGAGCUUUGUCACCAGGUCCAUGAGGGAUCGACGGAAGCCUCCUCAGAAAACCCCGGACGACUUGACAGAGCAGCUGAAGAGGCUGACUGCGGUGGAGCCCUUAACCUCCAGCGACUUCACUCCUUCAAAACCUGCAGAGCUGGAGGAGGACUUCUAUCUUCUGAGACGAUCGUCUUCCAGGAGCCAGAGCAGGGUGCGCUACAUUGCGAACAGGGCCAAGCAAGCGCAGGAGAGGCAGCGGCUCCAAGGUGUGUCUCAGAGGAACGGCAGUCCGAUCGAGGAGCGAGGGAACCCCGAGGGGUCGUGCUGCGUCAACAAGAGCGUCUGCACUGACUCGGACCUCCUCGGCCAGCUCCCCCCCUCACCGCAGGGCCAGAACUUACCAAGCCCUGAGACCGAGGUGUUUUUUAUGCUGAAGCUUUAGAGUCUUUGGGAGAAUGCUCAAAAAAGCUGUUGUUUCACAAGGUUCCAAAAAAACAGGCUAACCUGGUUUUAUGCCAUUCAGAUUUUUAAACGUAAUGGGUACAUUUUUAUUUGAUAUAUAUGUAUUUAAUUUUUUUUUAGCAUUCAACCCAUGUUUGACACGUAUGUAUACAAAACCUAGUAUUUGACUUGUUAAAUGAAACACUGGAUGUAUCUGAAUUACUCUUAAUUGUGUUAAUCCCCAACCUCGUCCAUGCCUUUCCCAACAUGUUUUGAAGACAAUGUAUAUGAAAACAUAGUAUAGGAUCGAUAAGUUUAAAGAUUAAGGAGAAAAGGCUUGUUAUUUGGUUGAACUCUUUACAAAGCCUUUUAAACACAGUUGGGGUAAAGGAAAAUAAACGUUCCACUGAAAUGAAUGUGUGUCACUUGUGUAAACACUUUAAAUACUCAUAAUGGACCUUGUUCAUAAACUCUUGUUACAUCACACUCCACCAUACACUCCACCAUAGAAACAACCUGGAUUCUGUAGUGCUUAGUAAUAAUAAUAAUAAUAAUAAUAUUAAUAAUAAUAAUAAUAAUAUAUAACUUAAGUAAGCAUGUUGAAUUCUGUGUGUUUCCUUCUGUACAGGCCAUUUAAAAGGCAAUAAAAAAGGGAAAUCAAGUAAAUGCUUUUUGUGUUGGGUUGCAUUUAACCAGCUUGACUGUCCCAAUAGAAAUAGUGACGGUAUGGCUGUUCUGGUCUUGGGGGUUGAUGUUGAUCAAGCCAUACAGGCAGGAUUGGCUACAUCUGAUCAAUCCCAUUGGUUAAUGAAAUGGCCCUCUUUGUACCUUGUGUUUUUAAGUAGUUGUGUCUAACACAUGGACUCGUCUCUAACAUGUGGAUGACUAGGUUACCUCCCUGUUUACCAGACCUCAUAACAAACAGACCUACCUGAAAUAUUCUUCUAGACUGACUUUUGAAGGCACAACUGUAGGAGUUGUAAUAAUAAUAAUAAUAACAAUGUAAUUACCGUUAGUUUUAGACCAGAUCAAUCCUUUACAACUAAUGUGCCGUCACUUAUGUCUUAUUAUUGUUGACUUUUUAUAUAAUUAAAAAAAUGUAAUAAUACAAUUUAAAUAAGAGAACAAAAAAAAAUCUAAGUAAAUAUGUAUGUGUAUAUAAAUGUAUUGCACAUUAUUAACUUUAUAAAAUCAAAUCCGGUCACCGUUAUUCAAAUAAUAAGUGUCAGUUUGAAUUUUGAAUGACGCGGCCUCCCUUCAGAAUGUGUUUACAACGCAUGCAACCGCAGAGCAGCUAGACUGUACAGUAUCGGAUUAACAGCAUGUGUUUUUGUAUUGGGAUGACUGUCCUCUUUAAACCAGUGGGUUCUAUUAGAAAAGCUACGACCUAAAUGUUUUCAUAUUGCAUUGUAAAUUAUCCUAGAUGUGCCACCAUCCCAGACUAAGUAUAACUGGAAAACAUACCUUGCAUGGUACUAAUCUGUCUCAAGUUUAAGUGUAAUUUCCCAUUUUUUUUUUUUUAUAUAACUUGGCUGAAAACACAAAAGCAAUGACUUGUUUCAGUCCUACAUGCCAUCCAGCUGUCUCUGAUAUUGUAGUAGACGUUUUGUCAUUUUUAGAUUGGUAUUUUUAUGAGAACAAGAUGCUGCGAAGAGCACCUUUCUUAAUUUUUACUGUCCGCACUGCCAUGCCAGUUUUCAGUAUGACGUUUUAGAAAAUGUAAAUUUAGGUACUGUAAUUAGAAAUCAUAAAUAUAUAUAUAAAUACUGUGUUUUUGUUUCCUUUUUUUUUUUUUUUUUUUUAGGUCCAUUUGUCAUUUUGUAUCAUCUUCAUGUUAAAAUAUUUCAUAUGUAAAUUUACUUCGUAAAAAAAACUGUAUUUGUAUAAAAAGAAAGAAAAAAGGAAUUACAGUACAAACAGGACUUGCAAAAAAAAGUUUUUUUCUGUGCAUCAGAACUUUUGAUCACUUUAUGUAAAUCGACACUAAUUAAAUAAAAGUAUUUAAUCUUUACAAA